AUGGCCUUCUCGCCCUUCUUUUCUUCUUUCUCGAGGAGGAGGAAGUCGCUGGCGGCGGGGGUUUUCUUCCCGGGGAGGGAUCUCUCUGAUGUGGACCUGGUACGAACACUCGCCAGCCUCGCCGGCGAGGUGUGCUCGUCCGUCAAGGCUUCCGCUCCUUUCCAGCGGCGAAACUCCCGGUCCCUCAUCAGCAAGGUGAAGAUCUUCCUCUCCCUGUUCGAGUUUCUCCGGGACUCCUUCACCGGGGAUCGCCUGCCGUCGUCCGCCACUCUCUGCUUCAAGGAGAUCCACAUCCUUCUCGGCCGAUCGAAGAACCUGCUCGUCUACUGCGCGCAGUCCAGCCGGAUCUGGCUGCUCCUCCAGAGCGUCCAGAUCUCCGGCCAGUUCCACGACCUCAACCAGGAGAUCUCCACCCUCCUGGACGUCCUCCCCCUGGGGGACCUCGCCCUCGCGGCGGAUGUACAGGAGCAGAUCGAGCUCCUGCAGCGGCAGGCAAGGCGGUCCAAGCUUUUCCUCGAUCCCCGGGAGGAGGCGUUGCUGCGGCGGAUUGACGCCUUCAUCGACGAGUUGGACAAGGGGCGGUCGCCGGAUCUGUCGGAGCUCCGGGAGGUCUUUGUCGAUGGCCUGGCAAUCCGGGAGGCCUCUGCCUGCAAGGCCGAGGUCGACUUCCUCGAGCAGAUCUGCAACGAGGAGGAGGUGGCGGACAUCUCCUUCCUCCACAGCGUCGUCGCCCUCGCACGGUAUGCGAGAUUCUCCCUCUUCGGCUUCGACGCGGACGCUGGUGAGAUCUACGGCGAUCGCAGGAUGCUCGAGGAGGCGCCGCCGCCGCCGCCAUCCAUGGGGCCCGGGGACGCCGUUCCUCCCAAGGAAUUCUGCUGCCCUAUUUCGCUGGAUCUGAUGCGGGAUCCGGUGAUCGUCUGCACAGGGCAGACCUACGACCGCUCCUCCAUCGUCCGGUGGAUGAACGAGGGCCACAGCUCCUGCCCUAACUCCGGCCAGCCGCUCCGACACAGCCGCCUGGUUCCCAACAGAGCUCUGCGGAGCCUGAUCUCGCAGUGGUGCGCCGCCCACGGCGUCAUCUUCGACCCACCGGAGUCCUCCGACGGCGGCGACGGCGGCUGCCCUGAGCCCGCGGCCUCUGGGCCCAUUAGCAGGGCCGCCGUGGAGGCCAACCGCGCGACGGCGAAGCUCCUAGUGGCGCAGCUCUCGUGGGGGGGCGACGCCGCCAAGACGGUGGCGGCCCGGGAGCUGCGGCUGCUGGCCAAGAACGGUGGGGAGAACAGAGCUUCUAUCGCCGAGGCCGGCGCCAUCCCCCUUCUCCGGCGACUGCUCUCCUCGCCGGACCCGGCGGCGCAGGAGAACUCCGUGACUGCGAUCCUCAAUCUCUCCAUCCUCGAGAAGAACAAGAGCCAGAUAAUGGCGGAGCCGGGCUGCCUGAGCUCCAUCGUGGAGGUUCUGAUCUCCGGGCGGACGACGGAGGCGAGGGAGAACGCAGCGGCGACCCUGUUCAGCCUCUCCGCCGUCCACGACUAUAAGAAGAUGAUCUCCUCCGAGGAGGGCGCGGUGGAGGCCCUCAUGGGGCUGUUGCGGGAGGGAAGCCAGAGGGGGAAGAAGGACGCGGUGACGGCGCUGUUCAAUAUCUCCACCCACUGCGACUGCUGCGAGAGGAUGAUCCAGAGUGGAGCCACGUCCGCCCUGGUGGCGGCGCUGGCGGAGGACGCCGUCGCAGAGGAGGCGGCAGGAGCCUUGGCUCUGCUGAUGAGGCAGCCAGCGGCGGCGGCGGCCAUCGGCGGGGAGGAGGCGGCGGUUCCCGGAUUGGCGGGGCUGAUGGGGAGGGGAACCCCGCGGGCGAAGGAGUACGCCGUGGCGGCGCUGCUGGAGUUGUGUCGCUGCGGCGGCGCCGCCAUGACGGAGAAGGUGGCGAGGGCGCCGGCUCUGGGUGCCUUGUUGCAGACGCUGCUCUUCACCGGGACGAAGCGGGCGAGGAGGAAGGCGGCGUCGCUAGCGAAACUCUGCCAGCGCUGCCACUUGGCGCUCGACGGCGGAUGGGCCCUGGAGUAUGCCCUCUCUCGGAGCAGCUCCAUCCGGCGGAGCAGGAACUUCGGCCGCGGUGAUGUCUCAGUCUCCGUUCCCGUUUCAAUCUCCGUGCCCGUUCUCUAG